UUUAUGGUCGAAUUUUUUCAGAAAUCAUGUCUGUUGAUAGUUAUCAAACCCCAUUAAACAGUCGCUACUCAAGCGCAGAAAUGCAGUUUAAUUUCAGUGACCGAAAGAAGUUUUCCACGUGGCGGAAGUUAUGGUUGCUGUUGGCCGAAGCAGAGAGGGAGCUGGGAUUAGAAAUCAGUGAGGAACAACUGCAAGAAAUGCGGGAAAAUCUGGAUAAUAUUGAUUUUGCAUUGGCUGCUCAGGAGGAAAAGAAACUGAGACAUGAUGUCAUGGCUCAUGUUCACACAUUUGGAGCUGCAUGUCCCAAAGCUGCUCCGAUAAUUCAUCUCGGAGCUACCUCGUGUUAUGUCGGGGACAACACGGAUCUGAUCCAGCUUAGGGAUGGCUUAGAUAUUCUUCUUCCCAAGGCUGCUCGCUGUAUCAGCCGACUGGCAGCAUUUGCAGAAGAGUUCAAAGAUCUUCCAACACUUGGGUUUACACACCUCCAGCCUGCCCAGCUAACAACAGUUGGGAAACGAGCUUGUCUCUGGAUUCAAGAACUUGUAAUGGAUGAAUACAAUCUAGCAGAGACUAGAAACAAUCUAAGAUUUAGAGGUGUAAAGGGUACAACAGGAACUCAGGCUUCCUUUCUACAACUUUUCGAUGGAGAUCAUGCAAAGGUUAAGCAGUUGGAUGAAAAAGUGACUACUAAAGCUGGGUUUGCUAAAGCCUACAUGGUUACAGGGCAAACAUACUCAAGAAAGGUUGAUGUUGAUGUUAUCAAAUAUUUACUUGUUGGUGUUGAUGUUAUUAAAUAUGUACUUGUGGUUGAUGUUGAUGUUAUUAAAUAUGUACUUGUAGUGAUAAUGUACGCAAUCAGUGGGUUAGCUUUCCUCUUCUAUAUCGGGAAAAUACCUGAAAG